AUCAAGCAAAAACCCUAAAUUACAGACUGACUCGUAUCUCACUCUUUUCCCCUUCUUCUCCAGCAAGCUGUGCAAACCUACCGUUUCUCUCCCUCCAAAACCUCCUCAUUGUUUCUCUCUCUAGUUUCUAGAGAGAGAAAACUCGAUAAACGAUUUUUAGCUAUGGGAGAAAUAUCAUUGACUGAACUAGAAGAGAGAGCCGCUGCGGCUGGCAUAGAUCUCUCGCUAAUCGAUAUUGAUUCAAUUAAACUUCCUCCUGGAGAUGAUUUUGGCGUUAUUAGUGAUGAUGAGGAUGUCUAUCAAGAAGAACAGAUGGAUUUUGACUAUGGGUUAGGAAACACUAUUGUAGUUGAUAAUCUUCCGGUUGUUCCGAAAGAAAAGUUUGAUAAGCUUGAAGGAGUUAUCAACAAGAUUUAUAGUCAGAUUGGUGUUAUUAAGGAGGAUGGCCUUUGGAUGCCUGUUGAUCCUGGGACUCAGAAAACUUUGGGUUACUGUUUCAUCGAGUACAAUACCCCUCAGGAAGCUGAGCUAGCUAAGGAAAAGACAAAUGGGUACAAGUUGGAUAGAGCUCAUAUUUUUGCUGUCAACAUGAUUGAAGAUUUCAAUAGAUUUAUGAAAGUUCCUGAUGAGUGGGCACCUCCAGAGAUCAGGCCAUAUGUUCCCGGGGAAAAUCUUCAACAUUGGCUCACUGAUGAAAAAGCUCGAGAUCAGUUUGUGAUUCGUGCUGGCUCAGACACUGAGGUUUUCUGGAAUGAUGCAAGACAUUUGAAGCCUGAUCCUGUUUACAAGCGUGCUUAUUGGACUGAGAGUUUUGUGCAGUGGUCCCCGCUUGGGACUUACCUGGCAACAGUUCAUAGGCAGGGUGCUGCAGUUUGGGGUGGUGACAGUACCUUUAAUCGGCUAAUGCGUUAUGCUCAUCCUCAGGUUAAAUUCAUUGAUUUUUCCCCCGGUGAGAAAUAUUUGGUAACUUACAGCAGCCAUGAACCAAGUAACCCUCGUGAUGCUAAUAGGGUUGUGAUAAAUAUUUUUGAUGUGAGAACUGGUAAAGUAAUGAGAGACUUUAAGGGAAGUGCUGAUGAAUUUUCUAUUGGAGGAGCUGGUGGUGUUGCAGGAGUCUCUUGGCCUGUUUUCAGGUGGGGUGGCGGGAAAGACGACAAAUAUUUUGCCAAAAUUGGGAAGAACAUGAUCUCUGUGUAUGAAACAGAGUCAUUCAGCCUUGUAGACAAAAAGUCCUUGAAGGCUGAAAAUGUGAUGGACUUCAUUUGGUCACCAACAGAUCCUAUUUUUGCUCUCUUUGUUCCUGAACUUGGUGGCGGGAAUCAACCUGCCAGGGUGAGCCUCAUUCAAAUUCCCGGUAAAGAGGAGUUGCGGCAAAAGAACCUUUUCAGUGUCAGUGACUGUAAGAUGUACUGGCAGAGUAACGGUGACUACCUUGCUGUAAAGGUCGAUAGGUAUACAAAGACCAAGAAAAGCACGUACACAGGAUUUGAGCUUUUCCGUAUAAAAGAGCGGGACAUACCAAUUGAGGUGUUGGAGCUAGACAAUAAGAAUGAUAAGAUAAUUGCCUUUGCUUGGGAGCCCAAGGGCCAUAGGUUUGCUGUUGUUCAUGGUGACAGCCCUAGGCCAGAUGUAAGCUUUUACUCAAUGAGGACUGCUCAUAACACUGGCCGGGUUUCAAAGCUAACUACUCUUAAGGGCAAACAAGCAAAUGCUCUUUUCUGGUCCCCAUCUGGUCGUUACCUAAUACUUGCAGGACUUAAAGGUUUCAACGGUCAGUUGGAAUUCUACAAUGUUGAUGAGCUUGAGACAAUGGCAACAGCUGAGCAUUUUAUGGCAACAGAUAUUGAAUGGGAUCCCACUGGAAGGUAUGUUGCAACUUCGGUGACUUCAGUUCAUCAUGAUAUGGAAAAUGGCUUCAACAUCUGGUCUUUCAAUGGAAAGCUACUUUAUCGGACACUGAAGGAUCAUUUCUUCCAGUUCUUGUGGCGCCCAAGGCCACCAUGUCUCUUGAGUCCUGAAAAGGAGGAAGAGAUUGCUAAGAACUUGAAGAAGUAUAGCAAGAAGUACGAGGCAGAGGACCAGGAUGUUUCUUUACAAUUGAGUGAACAGGACCGUGAGAAGAGGAGGAUGAUGAAGGAUGAAUGGUACAAGUGGGUCAACGAGUGGAAGCUGUUGCAUGAAGAGGAAAGAUUGCAGAGGCAGGUUCUAAGGGAUGGAGAAGCUAGUGAUGAAGAGGAAGAGUACGAGGCAAAAGAAGUUGAAGUUGAAGAAUUGCUAGAUGUUUCUGAGGAAAUUCUUUCUUUUGAAUACGGACAGGAGUGAUCAGUAUUCAUAUAUUCAAAUCUCCGCCCCUAUUCAGCCUGUUUUCUACUUCAAGCAACCUUGCAGAUACUAAAAAAAAGCUUGGCUUCCAGGUCAACCUUUAAGUUCCGAGUUCCUUUAAUCUUUCUGGUAGAGUUAUUAUCUGUAUUUUUUUUUUCUUGAAUCCUGUUAGUCCUGAUAAGGGUAUCCCUAAUUUUUAAAAUGCUUCUCAUUAUGGAACUAGCCUGUUGGGUAUACUCAAUUUUGUUAGUUAUUAGUACUUCAGUUUCCCAUUUCCA